AGCAAAAGGCUGGAAAGAAGGGGGCAGUCCUCUGCGCAGUGCUUUCUCUCUCUAGCCCCACUACAAAGAAAGAGAAAUAAACAAUCCCCACACAUACAAAAACCCACUAGGAUAUUAGACUCCCUCUCUCUCUCACACACACACACACACACAGUGAUAUCAAAGAGAGCACACUUAAGAGAGACAUGGAAAGAGACUGAUGAGAAUAGCUAAACCAAAGUGAGGAAAAAGAAAAAAAAGGGCAAAUCCCCAACCCCAAAAAAAGAAAAAGCAGUUGAAGGAAAAGGGAAAGGAAAGGUUGAGUUGGUUAUGGUGGAAAAUCUAAUCGGCACGGUACAGCAGCUCAGGGGUAGAUUCGUGAUUCCAGAUUCAUAUCAAUCUCCAUGCUCGUUUUCUUGUUUUUCACCUCCGUGUCCGGGGCUCCUACUAAUGCUGUUGAAUCAAUCGGCACCAAAAUCAGUAAGCUCGGUGGAGUAUUCAUCGGCGGCGGAGGCAACGGUGGUGGUUUCUGGAUGGACCGUCAACCUUCCAAUGCCGGUAUAGCUUUUGCAGUCACGGCCUUGGCCGGACUCGCCUUGGCCGCCGCCGUUUUCUACUCUACUAGAGCUCUCAAACGAAGUCAGACUUCGUCGUCUUCAAAUUCCUCUUCACCGUCUUCAUCAUCACCGUCAUCGUCAUCAUCAUCGUCGUGGAUUCAUUUGAGAUCAGUCCUAUUCGUUGUUGCAUCCUCACCAGCUUCUUCUUCUUCCUCUAAUCGAGGUCAUCUCAAAUCACCAUGGUCUCGUAGAAAAAGAAAACGUGCUCUUGCACCCCAACAGUGGAGAGGCUUUUUCACACCAGAAGGAAAACUUCGUGACGGUGGAGUUAAAUUUCUAAAGAAAGUCCGAAGCGGAGGUGUUGAUCCAAGUAUCAGGGCAGAGGUUUGGCCAUUUCUACUUGGGGUCUAUGAGUUGAACAGCUCCAAAGAAGAAAGAGACUGUAUAAGAAAUCAGAAAAGGAGGGAAUAUGAGAGCCUUCGGAGAGAUUGUCGCCGACUGCUGAAACGCAAUGGAACUUUUAAAAUGAAGGAAACCGGUGAAAUGGGAAGCGAUGGUGAAGGCAAUAUCACUGAAGGAACGGAUUCGCCCGACUAUGAAGAUGUUGUUACUGCCCGGGAAUCUCUCUCUAGCGAGGACAGGUGCCCAUACAUCGAGGAUUCUGACAACCCCGGUGGUACAGAUGAAUUUUCCAAACGAGUGAUGGAGCCAAAUGAUGUCUCUGACUCUGAGUCAUCAGACUCGGAUUCCUCUGCAGAUCCUGAUAUUAGUCAAACUGUCCCCUCCGCAGAAAGCAUGGAUGAGAAUACUGCCGAAGUUGCUGAAGUGACUUCUAAGGAGGACUCUUCUCCUUCAAAGACAGAAGUUUCUUCAAGGCCCUGUAGUGCAGAAGAUUUUGGUACAUGGCAACGAAUAAUUCGGCUUGAUGCAAUUCGUGCUAAUGCAGAGUGGAUAGCAUAUUCCCCAUCUCAAGCUGUAGUAUCAGAGAGCAGGGCACACCGUUUUGCAGAGGCUGUUGGGUUGAAGGACUAUGAACACCUAGAGCCCCCUAGGAUCCUGCAUGCUGCUCGGUUAGUCUCCAUUCUUGAAGCCUAUGCUCUAUAUGAUCCUGAAAUUGGCUAUUGUCAGGGGAUGAGCGAUUUGCUUUCACCGAUCAUUACUGUAAUGACAGAGGACCAUGAAGCUUUUUGGUGCUUUGUUGGUUUCAUGAAGAAGGCUCGGCAUAACUUCAGGCUUGAUGAGGUUGGAAUCAGGAGGCAGCUAAACAUUAUCUCUAAGAUCAUCAAGCACAAGGAUUCGCAUCUCUAUCGACACCUGGAGAAGCUCCAAGCAGAGGAUUGCUUUUUUGUGUACAGGAUGGUGGUAGUGCUUUUCAGGAGGGAAUUAACUUUUGAGCAAACACUUUGCAUAUGGGAAGUAAUGUGGGCAGACCAAGCGGCUAUUAGGGCCGGGAUUGGGAAGUCUGCCUGGAGUAGGAUUAGGCUGCGUGCCCCACCAACAGAUGAUCUUUUGCUUUAUGCAAUUGCAGCAUCUGUAUUGCAACGGAGGAAACAGAUCAUAGAGAAGUAUAGUAGCAUGGAUGAAAUUUUAAGGGAGUGUCAGAGCAUGGCUGGUCAACUGGAUGUAUGGAAGCUUUUAGAUGAUGCGCAUGACUUGGUGGUCACUCUCCAUGAGAAGAUAUAGACACACUUUGUUAUGGCGUUUUCCCGGAUUUUACACUAAUUUAUUCUCUUUGCUUUCUCGGAAGUUAUUACGUGGAAUGAUGCUAUUGAAAUCUGCAGGCAUCUCUGGUACACAUGAAGAACCGCUCUACCUGAAGACAGUUUAUGGUCAAGUACUGUCGCUGCAUUCUUUUGGCUAAAAAACAGGCAAAUGUCAAAAGAAUUUGCACUUAGGAAAUAACUUAUGCGACUAUAUCCUACAUGCAGGCUGCAAAUGGUUGAACUUAGUGUAGCUAUUCGCUGGUAGCCUGUAUUCCAGAUUGUGUACCAUGCUUGGUGUUAAAAUUUUAAUUUGGUUCUAUUGUUAAUGCGCCUAAGGUGGCCUUUAGUUGAAGUAUUUGUAUGAAUCUCCUAUUGCAACAUCCCCAAGAAAAUGGGGUUUGGUUGCAAGGAGUGUUCUCCCUGAACGAAGGGAUGGAAUUGUGAAAGAAAAGCAUGGGUUGCAGCUGCAUUGUGGUUGA